AUGCCCGCCGAACCCACCAAAGCGAAGCUGAAACGGCGCACUAGCAGGAAGGACUUGGAAGAAUAUCGGUUUGAUGGGAGUCAUGGGAGGGAGCUCGAAAUGAAGCGGAAUAGAGCUUCUAAUAGAAUCUGUCAAAAACAACAGGUUAGCUGCGCCGAAUGUCGAAGGUUGAAGAUAAAAUGCGACAAGCAAAUACCAUGUCAGUCAUGUCAGCGGAGGGGAUGUGCGGCGUUGUGUCCGAACGGGAGCCUCGCAACUGGACAAGGGACCAGAUUCGUGUUGGCUGCCACCGAACACCUCCAUCGACGAAUCUCGGCGCUGAGCGGGCGGAUCCGACAACUUGAAGAUGCACUGCUGGCUAUCCACUCAAAGUACUCAUCGGAGCCACAUCCGUUGCUACAUGAAGACCUGAUCCACGCUGAUGAGCGGGAAGGCGAGUAUGAGGGCGCGGCUGAAGAUGGACAGGGUCAGGUACAGCAACCAGCUGAAGUCCUGGAUGCGUUUGGGACCCUGUCGAUCUCGGAACAUGGGAUAUCGAGGUUUUUUGGUCCUACAGGUGGCUCAGAGGCUAAUAUCGACUCAAAUCAUGCAUCACCCGAAAGUAUCCCUACCCCUGACUCUGGCCAGGGUUCUCGGAGCCCAAUGUCCAUCGGCGACCUAUCGUUGUUUUCACAAUCGUUCCCAUUCACACCAAUGGGUCAGCCAGCAGACGUCCAGGCGCUCAUCGAGACGCAUCUACCUUCCUACGAGCGCACCCUUGCCCUAUGUGAGACUUAUUUUGAGCAAGUGUCAUGGAUCUUCCGAGGCGUCACACGGGUGCAGUUGAUCGAAGAUAUGUUGCCGGUCAUAUACAAACGUCAAAGUGCGCCUCCUGGUGAGGAUUACAGUGGACCGCAUGAUCUGGCUUUGGUAUUUUUGAUCCUUGCCAUCGGCGCUUUGGUUGGGAAUGAGCCCUCCAAUGCGCUCGGAGAGCACUUCCACCAGGUCGCCAGGGCGGCAAUGUCCCUACAACCUGUUCUGGAAAAACCAUCCAUCGUCACCAUUCAAGCCCUCCACCUCAUGAGUAUUUACAAUGCCAUGAGUGGUAGUGAUUUGAAGAGCGAAACGAGCAUGGAGAUGACCUGGUCUUUGAUUACUCUUGCUGCCCAUUUAUCGCAAACGAGUCUUAACACCGGGCGCCCGCCGUCAUUUUCACUCGCGUAUAUCGAUUGCAGCUAUCCUCAGUACGGUGCAAACGACGGAUUCGGCUCGUCAUCUGAAUGCGUGGCAGAUGUCACUGCGAGAACAUUGACUGCUGAAGCUCCCUCGUAUGCCACCAUCAUGGAGCUCGACCGGAAAGUGCGGGAUUUCCCUUUGCCAGAUGGUAUUUCCGCAUCUUCAGAUGACCUUGCGGAAUCUUUCCAACGCUGCGUGCUGGACCACAUUCGAGAAACAGUCUUGAUGUAUAUUCACCGGAGUUUCUUUGCUCAGGCCAUUAUCGAGCAUCCAGUCAACCCACUAAAGAGCGUAUACGCGCCUUCUUUCUUGGCUGCGUACCGUGCGUCAUCAACCAUACUGAAAUCCAUCCGGGAACAAUUCAAUAUCUGGCCGAACUCAUGUUCUCGAUUAUGGACGAUGUGGACAUUUGCAUUUUCCGCUGCUGUGAGUAUUCCUUCUAAAGCAUCGGUCGGUGUAUUAACAUCUGUAAAGGUGGUUUUUGGGACUGUUGUUACUCGUGGGCCGCGGUCGCCGCUUGCUCAAUCAGCCAUGGCGGAACUUGAACAAGCGUGUAUAUUAUUCUCAAAGGCUUCUACCUAUUCCAUUCGGGCGGCCAAAGCUCUGCCAAUUCUAAUCAAGCUGAGCGAAAAGGCUCGCUAUGCUCUCUCCAAUGCACAGAGCGAACCUGCACAGCUGUCUGGCGAUAAUGGAGGGGCCAUGUGGACGAUAAAGCAGGAGGAUAACGAUGACGAGCUUUCCAUUUUCGCAGGACACACCCGAUUUGUCUCCAGACAUGGUGACGCCUCCCAAUUCAGCAAUAUUUCACCCCCUCCACAUAAUCCCCAUUACGAACCUAGCCCACCUUUGCGCCCACUCAACCCCCCGUCUGAGAUACAAACCAUCGAUGUUUCAUCCUCUAGACCGCGCGUCGGAGUUUCUGCUGUUCGAUAUGAACCGCCAGCGACGAUAUCUCUUUCGGAUUCUAAUCCAUCGACGAGCAAUAUGGGUUGGAACCAGUCGAUGCCCCUUCAGCCUGUAGACGAGUACAUGGUGACUCCCUCGGAAGCCAUACAAUAUCAUUACCAUCCCGCUGAAAGCUCUCAGCGAUCAUCUUCCACCAGCGUCCCUUCGAACGCCACAUACAAUUGGCAACCGGAGUCUAGGCAUGAACCAAGCGCCCAACCAGUCAUGCAAGUUCCAUCGUCAUAUCAACCUGUUCAGAGGCAGCGUCCACCGCAGCAACCAGCAGCACGCUCACUACAACCCCAUCACCAGCACUAUAAUGUUCAAGCCGCUCAUGCCGGUGGUAGUUCUGCAGACGACAUUCACCCACCACCACCACACCCACACCCGCACCCACAUCCUCAUCCACACCCACAUUACGCUUCACACUACCCACCUCAACAACAGCAGCAGCAACAUCGCUCCGUUUCCCAGCAAAAUAUUUCCCAUCAACAUUCUCAUCCGUCGUCGCAGCAACCGCAACCGCAACACCAUCCCGCCGCACAACAACAACCGCAACACCACCCUGCUGCACAACAGCAACCACAGCCCGCGCAAUAUAAUUUGUAUACGAAUGGGGGUGGUGGUCAGGGCGGCUAUCACGGUGCUCCUCCGAAUAUGGACCUUGCAGAUCUUGGUCUGGCGUCGCGCGAUUCGAGGCUGGAUGAACGAUGGGGCACGUUCAUGGCCGACUCUGGACUCCUUGACGAAUUUAGGCGUCGUUGA